AUAUCUUCUUAUUUCUUACUCAACCUUGCUUUAACUUUUUACAACAAAUUUAUCAUGAUCGACUUCCCUUUUCCGUAUUUUAUAACAGCCUUACAUGCAGGAAGUGGAACGAUUGGCUGUCUAUUCCUUAGAGGGAUUGGUCAAAACAAUCCACAAUCUACGACAAUUUCCCAAUCAAAUUUCAACUUUACAAGAAUAAUAAUUGUUUUUCUUUAUUCAACUUUAUACGCAGCAAAUAUUGCAAUAAGUAACGCAAGUUUACGUUUAGUCUCUGUUCCUUUUCAUCAAAUUGUACGUUCAACUUGUCCAAUUUUUACAUUGGUUUUGGGAUUCUUAUUAUUAUCAAAUAAACCACAAAGAUCAAGUCUGUUCGCUUUAUUACCAAUCGUUUUUGGUGCUGCUUUUGCUUGUUUUGGUGAUGUGAAUGCAACGACUUUUGGAUUCAUUUUAACUGUUUUAGGAACAACUCUUGCAGCUUUGAAGACUGUUGUUACAAAUUUAUUACAAGCUUUGGAAUUGUUAGAAGUGAUGUCAGCUUUAGCAUGCGUACAAUGUUUAUUAGCUUCUCAAAUUUCAGGUGAAUUGCAACAAAUUCAUUUUCGUUUUGCUACAAAUACAUCAACAGAUCACUUUAACUGGUUUUUACCCUUACUUCUUAUCGGUAAUGGAUUUGUGGCUUUUUUACUCAAUUUCGUUUCAUUUAAAACAAACAAAGUUGCCGGUCCAUUAACUAUGACUGUAGUUGGAAACUUAAAACAAGUCGUUACAAUUUUAUUGGCUUUUCGUUUACUCCAUUUACAAGUUCAAUCAAUCAAUAUUAUUGGAAUCAUUGUCGCUCUUUUUGGUACCGCUUGGUAUGGAAUGCUGGAAACGAGUUCGAAAAAGCGG